AUGACCCUAUGCGCCUGUUUCCUCCUUUUCGCCGCCGACUCGCUUGGUCGUCGUAAAUCUCUGCUGUGGACGUCAAUCGCUAUGGGCUGUGCCAUGCUCUAUGUCGGCCUCUAUGUCCGUAUCAAGCCCCCGGUCAAAGGCGCCGACAUCCCAGGAGCAGGCUACAUGGCACUGGUCUGUAUCUACCUCUUCGCAGGCUUCUUCCAAUGUGGCUGGGGUCCGGUUCCGUGGAUCUACGUCUCUGAGAUCCCUACUGCUAGAUUGCGUGGUGUCAAUGUUGCUUUAGGUGCUGCAACUCAAUGGCCUAUCCGUACACAGNNUAUCCCUGAGACCAAAGGUCUAUCACUCGAAAAGAUGGAUGAGCUCUUCGGCGUCACUGAAGUGAACAAGAAAGUGGACGACGAAGAAGGCGCCUAUGAUAUGCCUCCAGCCAAAGACUUUGAAGGCGAGAAGACCCAGCACGUGGAAGUCUCCCGAGUGACCAACGAUCCAAAGCAUUGA